UUUGGUGGCUACAUGUGUGAUCAUGCGUUUUAGUUUACAAUGAGAGUCUUUAGAGUUAAGGUCUUCAAUUACGAAGAUUUCGGAAGAUAAACAUUUAAUAAUUAAAUUACAAAAAGAAAAUAAAUUUUUAAAUGUGAAGUUUAUCGGUUAUUUAAAAAAAAAAAAAUACUUAUCAGUUAUGUUGAAGUAAUUUACUAUGUAAAAGUUUAUCAUAAUAAUAAAUUUCAGUCCCAAUCAUUGGUUAAACGAUACUAAUGACUAAAUUAAGUAGAUGCAAUAAAAAUGAUUUUCAUUAUUCUCAAGGAUAGUUUUUAAAAAGAACGAAGUUCACUAAUUGAAAAUGAUAAUAAAUUCAAGGCAACUAAUCUGUUGUAUAAUACACGAUAAAUAAAUGAUAUAAAUACAGAUAUAUUUCUCAUUCAAUUCGUGAACGUACUUUGUUUAAUGCAUGUGCUCUGAUAUUUUCCUUAGUUAGUGAUAAUUUCAUUAUCUAUAAGAUAAGCUUGUUGAAGAUACACAAAAAAAAAUUAAGAAUAAAGUAGAUACACUACAAAUAUUAAACAGAGUGCAUGUUUUUAUUCUGGCAAGCAUCAUUAAUUAAUAAAAAAUGUUUCGAAUGAAAUAUUUAUUAUUUAACAAUAGUCAACGAAUAAUUCCACAAGUGAAACAUUUGUCUGUUUUAUAUCAUUCGAAUAUUAAAUUAAAUGUUUCAAAGUGUUCAACAAAAUUAUUAUGGACCGUUCAAAGUAGACACCUGUGUAACAUUCGUGUCAUUGAUAAACAAUCUUCUUACAUCAAUCAUCGUGGAAAUAAACCAUUGAGAGAACAAACGAUCGGUAAAUUGUUAGAAGAAGCUGUUGAAAAAUGGCCAAAUAAUGAGUGUAUCGUUUCCGAUCAUCAAAAUAUUCGAUUAACUUAUUCCGAAGUGCUUCGUCGUGUUGACAAAUUGGCUGCCGGAUUGAAGAAAUUAGGAUUGAAGAAAGAAGACAGAAUUGGUAUAUUUGGACCUAACGAUAUUGAAUGGUUCAUUACAUUUCUCGCUGCUACCAGAUUGGGCCUUAUCACCGUUGCUCUUAAUUCGGCAUAUCAACAAGAUGAAUUAAUUUAUUGUUUAAAUAAAGUUGGAGUCAAAGCUAUUGUUUCAGCGGUACAAUACAAAAAGAAUAAUUAUACGGAAAUUAUUUUGGGUGCUAAGAAAAGUUGUCCAAAUUUAGAACAUGUUAUCAUUUGGUCAGAGGAUCAUGUGACUGGUACUCGUCGUUGGUUAGAUGUAGAAUUCUUAGCAAGCAAAAUCGAGGUUGAAGCUGUCUCUGCAGAACAAGGCAACGUCUCCCCUUACGACGCCUGUAACGUACAGUUUACUUCCGGAACUACUGGAAAACCGAAAGCCGCUUUACUGUCUCAUAGAUCCUUGGUGAAUAAUAUCGAACGGGGAAUGAUUAGAGCAGAGAUAAAACCUGGUUACAAAAGUUGUUUAAACGUUCCAUUUUUUCACGCAUUUGGAUUACUUUUUGGACAAAUAAAUACCCUAGUAUCAGGUUGUACAUUAAUUUUAGAAUCUCGUUCGUUCAAUCCAGUCAAAUCUAUACAAGUUUUGGCUAAAGAAAAAUGUGAUAUAACUUAUGGAACUCCAACUAUGUGGAUAAACAUGAUAGACGUUCAACAACAAUUACGUUUACCUAUAAGACCACAUUUGGGUGUGAUCGGUGGUUCACCAAUAUCUGCUGAAGUCUUUCGACGUAUUAAAGACGUUCUUGGUAUUAGUAAUAUGAAGACUAUUUAUGGACUCACCGAAUUCACGGGUGUUUCUUUUCAAAGUUUACCUGGAGAGGAUAGGCAUUUAACUGAGAAUACAGUUGGACAUGUAUCAGAUGAUGUAGAAGCUAUGGUUGUUGAUAGUGAUGGGAAGCCAGUGCCAUUUGGAGUACCUGGUGAACUUUGGAUUCGUGGUUAUGGUGCUAUGAUUUGUUAUUAUAAUGAUCCAGAAAAUACCAAAAAGUCUUUCUCAGAGGAUGGUUGGUAUAAGACUGGAGAUCAAUUUGUUUUACACUCUAAUGGAUAUGGUCAAGUUGUUGGUAGAUUGAAAGAUAUGAUUAUUCGCGGUGGAGAAAAUAUUUUUCCUAAGGAGAUUGAAGACUUUUUACUUAGUCAUCCAAGUAUAGCAGAAGUUCACUGCGUAGGAGCUUACGAUGCAGUAUAUGGAGAAGAAAUCUGUGCAUGUAUACGUUUAUUCGAAGGCAAGAGUUUAACUAAAGAAGAAUUACAAACAUACUGCAAAGGAAAAAUAGCACAUUUUAAAAUACCAAAGUAUAUUGUAUUCGUAGAUAAAUAUCCAAAAACAAUGAGUGGAAAAAUUCAAAAGGGUAAGCUUAGAGAGGAAUUAGAAAGUAAAGGAAUUAUUCCUUCCACGCCAAAAUGAAAAUAAUAAAAAAAGAAAAA